AUGAUUUCUAAUGAAAAUGAUCUGGAAGAACUUCUAGAGCCAGGACCAGAGAGGAACUCAGGAAGCAUAUACUCAAGCCCCGGACUUUACAGUAAAACGAUGACCCCCACUUACGACGCUCAUGACGGAAGCCCCUUGUCACCGACUUCUGCCUGGUUUGGUGACAGUGCCCUGUCGGAAGGCAAUCCCGGGAUACUUGCCGUCAGUCAGCCGGUAACCUCACCAGAAAUACUGGCAAAGAUGUUCAAGCCUCAAGCUCUUCUUGAUAAAGCAAAAACCAACCAAGGGUGGCUGGAUUCCUCGAGAUCGCUGAUGGAGCAAGAUGUGAAGGAGAAUGAGGCCUUGCUGCUCCGAUUCAAGUACUACAGCUUUUUUGAUUUGAACCCAAACUACGAUGCUAUCAGAAUCAAUCAGCUUUAUGAGCAGGCCAAGUGGGCUCUUCUGCUGGAAGAGAUUGAAUGCACUGAAGAAGAGAUGAUGACUUUUGCAGCCUUGCAGUAUCAUAUCAAUAAGCUGUCAAUCAUGACGUCAGAAAACCAUUUAAACAACAGUGACAGAGACGUUGAUGAAGUUGGCGCUGCCCUUUCUAACCUGGAGAUCACUUUGGAAGGCGGGAAAGCAUCAACCGUUCUGGUGGGUGACAUUACUUCAAUUCCAGAACUCGCUGACUAUAUUAAAGUUUUCAAGCCUAAAAAGCUGACUUUGAAAGGGUACAAGCAGUACUGGUGCACAUUCAAAGACAUGUCCAUCUCCUGCUAUAAGAGCCGAGAAGAGUCCAGUGGUACACCUGCUCACCAGAUGAACCUCAAAGGAUGUGAAGUUACCCCAGAUGUAAACAUUUCAGGCCAAAAAUUCAACAUCAAACUCCUAAUUCCGGUUGCAGAGGGCAUGAACGAAAUUUGGCUCCGUUGUGAUAGUGAGAAGCAGUAUGCGCACUGGAUGGCGGCCUGCAGAUUAGCUUCCAAAGGCAAGACCAUGGCAGACAGCUCUUACAACUUAGAGGUUCAGAACAUCCUCUCCUUCCUGAAGAUGCAGCAUCUGAACCCAGAUCCCCAGCUGAUCCCAGAGCAGAUCACAACCGACAUCAACCCCGAGUGUCUGGUGUCCCCUCGCUACCUAAAAAAGUAUAAGAACAAACAGAUAACAGCAAGAAUCUUGGAGGCCCAUCAAAAUGUAGCCCAGAUGAGUAUGAUUGAAGCCAAGAUGAGAUUCAUUCAAGCGUGGCAGUCUCUGCCUGAGUUCGGCAUCACACACUUCAUCGCAAGAUUUCAAGGCGGCAAGAGAGAAGAACUUAUUGGGAUUGCAUACAACAGGUUGAUUCGGAUGGACGCCAGCACGGGAGACGCCAUCAAAACAUGGCGGUUCAGCAACAUGAAGCAGUGGACUGUCAACUGGGAGAUCAAAAUGGUCACGGUGGAGUUCGCAGAUGAGGUCCGGCUGUCCUUCAUCUGUACUGAAGUAGACUGCAAGGUGGUCCAUGAAUUCAUUGGUGGUUACAUAUUUCUCUCCACUCGUGCAAAAGACCAGAAUGAGAGUUUAGAUGAGGAGAUGUUCUACAAACUCACCAGCGGUUGGGUGUGAAUAGGAGGAGGAUGUGAUGGAACUCCACGGCCAUAACACUAUUUAACUUUAAAGCUGUUGUUUCUUACAUGCUGCUUAAUAAAGUACGCUUGAAAUGU